GUGUGGAAAGUGAGAGUAGAAACUGGGACUUUUCUUCUUUCAUGCUCUGUUUUCUCUUUCCUGUCCUUCCAGAAUAAAAGUCCUGUCCUCAGAUCAGCAGCAUGUUGGAGACACUGAUCCUCAGCUCAGCUCACAUCUUCAUCUUCAUCACCUUCAUCAUGAUUGGCUUGACCGCCCUCUUCCUCCUCUGUGCCGCCCUCACUCCCGCUCUCUGCUGUGAUUGGCUCACACACUACAGUCGCCAUAGCAACAUCUCUCGGACUCUCAUCCUCCACAUGGGUGAUCCGCUGACGACAGAGGAGAGUAAAGUUUCCUUUCCAUACAGACUCUAUAAAGACAUCCGCAACACUGAGGUGGAGUCCCAGCUGGUUUUCAUCAGAGACAGUCUGGAGCUGAUCCUUAACCUCUAUCACCACGACAACCGCUCCUCCGUCGCCUGGGAUACGGACAAGAUGGAUCGCUUCCUGAUGAGCAUGGACAGACAGAUAGACGGACUCAACACCUGUGUUUCAACGAACAAACGAGCAGACGGCCAACUGAGGAAAUACUACAGGAGACUGGAGAAGAGAACUCUGUACCUCACUGGCGGGGCCCCGGCGUCCUGGGAGCUGAUCAGGAAGGAAACUAAACUGCACCUGGAUCAGUUGGAGCUGCUGGUGGCCUCCAUCAGAGCUGCUACCCGCAGGAGGCGCUCUACACCAACUCACCACCAACACUGACACCACGUCUGACGUCUGCUUCACUGCCUCCACCUCCUCUGUCACACACACACACACUCAGCGUCUCUACUCUCACUGUUUAUUUAUUCAUUAACUGAUCCACUGAUUAUUAUUUAUUGAUUAUUUAUUGUUAUUUAUUUGUUCAGAUGUGACAGUUUUUACUCUGUUAUAAAGAGUUAAAAUUAAACCUACUCUGAUUUGACUUGAAAACAUGAAACUGGAAAUCAGUGGUGGAAAGUAACUGAGUACAUUUACUCAAGUCUUAGAUUCUAUUAUUGAUCGUGUAUUGAUGAUUUCUUCAGAAACCUGAAGUUUUGUUUUUCUAUGAAUGA